CAAAAAGCGGACAGCGAUCGGUACAAAUCCCGCCCCAGAUGGGAAACUGGCUGUCGCUCUAUGGCUGCUGCCCACCGGAUGUACAGACAGAGGACCACGAAGAAGUCCUCGAGUCGGUUGGACGUGCCCAUCUCCCGGUGCACGAGCUGACGGACUUCCGGUACCACGCCGCCAUGGGCGGCCACUUGGACAUUUUGACGCCCAAAGAAGGCGUCGCCAUCCUCGCGCUGCGCCAAGGCCGCCUGGUCCGGGUGAGCGGCGCCGUGGUCUUGAAGGCCUCCAGCGGCAACGAGCGCCGCUUCUACGAGGCCCUGGGCGCGCGCGCGGCGCGCGGCGAGCGCGGGGAGCGGCGCCUGGGGAGCCUGGCGCCGGGGUUCUACGGGGCCGCCGCGGUGAGGUCGGAGGAGAAAGCUCAGGAGUAUCUUGUCCUGGAGAAGGUAGGAGACUUCCGACAUCCGCUGGCGUUCGACCUGAAGCUCGGAUUUGUGCAGCGCGCCGCGCACCACGGGCCCGGGAAGCGCUUCCACAUGCGCCGCAAAGCGGCGGAGACCACGAGCGCGGAGUUCGGGUUCCGGCACUGCGGCAUGGCCUACUGGGACUGGACCCACAUGACGAAGGUCAAAGAGGACAAGUACCAGGGCCGGCAGGUGACCGGGCGACAGUUGCUCGGCGUGCUGGGGCGCUUUUUCAACCAGAGCCCGGAUCAGGCCUGGCCGCUGCAAGGGCCUUGGAGAUCCAUCGUGGACAAGGCGUUGGCGGAGGUGGAGAUCUUGCGAGGCCUCAUCGGCAAAGUCGAGGGCCUGCGCUUCUGGGGUGCCUCUCUGCUCCUGGUGCUGGACGGUGAUGCGGUGGCCAAGCAGAACCCCGAGAAGAUCGUCUCCUCGUUUUCCGUAAAGCUGAUAGAUUUCAGCAACUCGGAAUUCAUCGGCGACGGCCCAGACCGGGAGCUGCUGGCGGCGCUGCGGAACUUCAGCGCGGCGCUGGCGGCGCUGGCGGCGCUGCGGGGCGGUGGCGGCGGGCCGCCGCCCGUGGGCCCCGCGCCGGACCUGCGGCCUCAGGACGCGGAGCAGCUGCAGGCCCACAAAAGUAGGGGCCUGCCCUACACUCUGCAGGACGUUUCACCAGAUGAUUGCUCAAAGUAGAUCGCUGGGCGUUGCCUAUUUUGCGGUUAUCUGCAGAAAAAUGGUCCACCUGGCUGGACCGGGGCAACCCACAAC